AUGGAAUCAUUAAUUUUUUUAAAUCAAAAAGACAGAGAAAUUCGUGAUUAUACAGAAGAAAUCAAAAAACUUCAAAACGAAUUAAAAGCGUUUCAAAGUCAAACACGAAAUGCCACCAAAGAAACUAUAGUCACUAGAAUUAAUGAAAAUAACAACUAUUGGAAAGCUAUUUUAACCAAAAUCUCUGAACUUAAGAAAGCUGGAGAUUUUGAAAGUAUCUACAAUUUCCUUGAUGAACUUUCUGAGAAAGGAGAUCAAGAAAUGAUGUCAAAGGCAUGUAAAGAAGGACUUUGGAAAAAGAUAGCUCCUAAAAAAUAUAGGUGGGAUAAUGAAAAAAAUGUCCUUCAUGUCGCAAGUGAAAAAGGAAAUCUCAGACUUGUUAAAUCUCUGAUUGAAUGUAACUGUGAUAAUGAAACAAAGAAUAAUGUUGGAGAUACUCCACUCAUUUAUGCAUCAAGAUAUGGUAAACUUGAAGUUGUUCAAUAUCUUAUCUCUAUUGGAGCUGAUAAAGAAGCAAAAAAUAAAUUUGGAGAAACUCCACUCAUUUUGGCAUCAAAAGAAGGUCAUCUUGAAGUUGUUAAAUAUCUUAUCUCAGUUGGAGCUGAUAAAGAAGUAAAGAAUAAUGAUGGAUAA